CAUCAAACUUUCAUGUGAGGAAAAAAACAAGCUUCAGGAAUGGAUCUGUCAGAGAAAGAAGGGAAAAUUCACCCUUCUUUACAAAAUGAGCCGAGAUGGAUGGAAUGCUACAACUUUUCAUACAAAAUGUGACUGUAAAGGUCCCACUGUUACUGUUCUCUACAACACCAACGGUACCGUGUAUGGGGGAUACACAUCUCAAAGCUGGACAAGUCCUACGGGAAGCGGUUACUACGGCAAUGACCCUAAAGCAUUUCUAUUCCAACUUCGUAAAAGCGGAAAUUGUUCUUUUAGAAAGUAUCCAGUUUUAAAUAAGGGGAAUAAUGCCAUCCAAUGCAUAAAUAAUAAAGGACCGACUUUUGGAUCAGGUCCCGAUUUACAGACUUUUCAGGGAAACGGAGAUAUAUAUGAACAAACUGUAUUCAGCUUGGGCGGAGCAUGCAACCUUGGAAAUUCUUACGAUGCAAAUGGAAACAACUUUUCAGACUUUGCAGAUGGUCAUAUGAACGUUUCUGAUUUAGAAGUUUACCAGUUUAAUGUGUUGUCUGAUUGGGAGGAAAUGGAGUCAAACUGGAGACAAUGUCCUGAAUGGGAUUCAAAGACACUGGAAGAGUUGAAAGAUGAAGUGGAGAAUUACAGACCAUUGGAGGAGACAAAUAUUCCAAUGGCAAACAUUCUGUUGAUUGGAAAAAUCGGAGCCGGGAAGUCAAGCUUCAUCAACACAAUCAACUCGAUUUUCAGAGGAAACAUCACCAGCCCUGCCAUUACAGGGAUAUCAGACCACAGCCUCACAAACUCUCUGAAGAUUUACCAAGUAAGGAGUCAGAUAUCAAGAAAACCACUUAAUUUUCAUUUGUAUGACACCCGUGGACUAGAGGAAGAUCAAGGAAUCGACUCACAAGAACUCUGCUACAUUUUGGACGGGAAUUUACCAGAUAGAUAUACGUUCAAUCCAUCCUGUCAAGCCAGACCCGAUAUUCCAGGAUUCAACAAGAACCCUGAAAUGAAAGAAAAGAUCCAUGUUGUCGCAUUUGUGGUUGAUGCAAGUACAUAUAACACCUUAUCAGAUGAAAUUAUAUCUAAACUGAAGAAUCUUCGCACAAAAAUGAACCAGAGAGACAUUCCACAAGUUGUUCUCUUGACCAAGAUCGACAAAGUAAGCGAGGUUGUUGAGAAUGAUUUAACAAAAACCUUCUCCAAUAGAGUUAUCCAGGAGCUCGUGGACGAUGUAGCGAAACUGACUGGUAUACCUCGCUCUCACGUGAUGCCACUGAAAAACUACGAGUGUGAAAUGGAUUUAAAUCAAAAUGUUUCAAUUCUUAGUCUACUGUCUUUACGUCAAAUUCUUCGUUUCGCAGAUGAUUACUUGGUGAAUAACACGGAAUCCGUAGGUUUCUACCAGGUAAAAUCUUCUGACUGAAUAUUUACAAAAAGAACACUAGAAAAAAAACUUAUGAAUAAAAACAAUGGUGUAAAUUUUAUAUGUGAUUGUUUUUAAUCAAUAAAAAAAAAGCGUAUUUCCAAAGCAAAUAGUCAUAAUUCAUGUUCAGCCUAGUGUUGUGUUAUACUCAUGAGGUCAUUUAUAACAUUCAUUUUGAUUUGUUCUUUUGAUUUUGAUAGAAUUUUUUUUUUGUUGUAAAAUUUUGAUGUUUUUAAAUACAGGGAUUUUAUGUAUUUUAUUUUAAUUGUAUAAAUAUUUUUCUCCUUUAAAGUGUU